AUGGGUAAUAAAUGAUGCUUGCAUCUAAAACAGGGAUAUGAAGAGCAAAAAGAUAGUCAUACCGAAGAUCAAGGAGGCUCAGAGGAUUAUUCACUCAAAAGUGUGAUUGAAAGUUCUGAUACUACCUACAGCAACCAAUUCCAGAAUAGAGUCAAUGACUCUGAGAAGUACUCUUUUGAAGAAGAGACAAAGUCAUCUGCUUUUACUGAAAGCGACAGGAAGUUAUGGGCGAAGCAGCGUUCAACUGAUCCUGGGGAUGAAGAGUUCUUUUCCACUUCCAUCAACCUAAUUGACUUCAAUAUAAUAUCUCUAGUUGGAAAGGGUUCUUUUUCCAAAGUUUAUCUUGUUCAAAAAUAAGGAUAAUGGGCGAUAUUAUGCCAUGAAGGAGCUCAAAAAGGUGUCUUUAAUAAACGAGAGGAAGAAAAAGAGAGUACUUACAGAGAAAUAACAUCUUUUUGAAAUUUAACAACCCUUUCAUUGUAAAGAUGUACUACUCAUUCCAGACAGUGGACAAGAUCUAUUUUAUCCUGGAUUUUGUCAAUGGGGGAGAACUUUACUCCCAUAUGGUCAAGGAGGUUAGGUUCUCAGAGCUUAAGGCAAAAUUUUAUGCAGCCGAGAUUGUCAUUGCCCUGAAGACACUUCAUGAAGCUGGGAUAAUUUAUAGAGACUUGAAGCCUAAUAAUAUACUUCUUGAUAGCCAAGGACAUAUUAAGCUUAUUGACUUUGGGCUUUCUAAAUUUCUUGAGCCAAAUAUAGAACCAACAACAAGUAUUGUCGGGACUCCAAAUUAUAUUGCUCCAGAAAUUUUACAGAAAAAGAAGCAUACCAGCAUGAUUGACUGGUGGAGUUUUGGCGUAAUGGUUUUCGAAAUGAUAACAGGCAAUCUCCCAUUCUUAGACCAUACAUGACAUUCUCACAAGGAUAUAUACAGAAAUAUUCUUACUAAAAAGAUAAAUUUCUCAAGGAAGUUUUCAAGAGAAGCCAAAGAUUUUGUAGUUAAGCUCCUGCACAGAGACCCUAGCAAGCGGCUUGGAGCCAAAGGAACAAAAGAAAUAAUGGACCAUGUGUUUUUUAGUGAGGUAGAUUGGGUAAAAAUUGCAAUUAAGGGCUAUGUAGCUCCUUUCGUCCCUGAGACAAACGGGGAAACUGAUUUAGCAAAUAUCUCCCAAUGCUACCUUGACCAGAAGGGCUUGGAGGAGUCAGGUGACAUCAGGAUGACAGAUGCUGAAAAAGAAGAUAGAUAUUUGGAAGAACUCUCCUAUAAUCACUCAAAAGCAUCUGUAGAUAGUUAA